AUGGAAUCUAUUAAGGAUCUUUAGAAAAUGGUAUAUAAGAGGGAAUUGGAAUAUUCUGGUGACCUCAAGGAGCAAUAUAUAUAGGGGAAUGGCACAAAGAUAUUAUUCAUGGGGAAGGAAUAAUAAUGA